AUGGGUGAAUGGGGCUUCCUCAGUGGACUCUUUGAUAGCCUCCAGGCCCACUCGCCGAUGCUUGGUCGUUUCUGGCUCUUACUCAUGCUUGUCUUUCGGAUACUGAUCCUAGGAACUGUAGCCAGUGACCUGUUUGAAGAUGAGCAAGAGGAGUUUGCCUGCAACACCCUCCAGCCGGGCUGCAAACAGGUGUGCUACGACAUGGCCUUCCCCAUCUCCCAGUACAGAUUCUGGGUGUUUCACAUCGUCCUCAUCGCUACACCUUCUCUGGUUUUCCUCAUGUAUGUCAUGCAUCAUCACAAGAAGAGGGCCAGCCGCCCCAAUUCCAGCAAAUUUAGCCGCCAGGACUACAGAGAAGAGAUCCAUUUAAGGAGGCUUUACCUUAUCAAUGUGGCCUUCCGCAUAUUGGCCGAAAUUGGCUUUCUAGUGGGCCAGUGGCUGCUCUACGGCUUCAAGGUGGAGUCCCAGUAUCCCUGUAACCGCUUUCCUUGCCCCUACACAGUGGACUGCUUCACCUCCCGCCCUGCAGAGAAAACAGUCUUCCUCUGCUUCUACUUCGUUGUAGGGUUGAUAUCGGCGAUUUCCAGCUGUGCAGAGCUUUUCUACAGCUCCGUGAAGUGGUUCUGCCCAAGCAAGAAGCCCUUCACCCCGGAGCCUUCCUGCGUCUGCCAGAACCUCCACAACAUGGAGCAACAGGAGCCAGAGACAGUGGGGAAACCUCAAGGGAAGACGGUUUCAGAGAGCAUGUCCAGUAGCGUGAGGCUGAAAGGAGGAUCACUGAAGGGAGGAUCACUGAGGAGCAGCGCCAGCAGGAAGGUCUCCAGCAUCGGCCACAAGCACAGGGGAGGCAAAUAUGUAAGCACAAGGACAUUCAUGGUGUGAGACGGCCUUGAUUCAAACACGCUGCAAUCACUUAUUUUUGAUCUAAAUGUUAUAACGAUAAUUCCUGCAUACAAUAAUGUUAAAAAAGUAUUCACAGUUCACAGUUAAUGAGGAAAGG